CCGCAGCGCCGCCGCCGCCGCCGCCGCGCACUGCUGCGCGCCUCUGCCUGGCGCGGCGCAGCGUGCCGUGCCGUGCCGUGCCCGUGAGGUGGCCAUGGGGUCCCGGGCGUCCACGCUGCUGCGGGACGAGGAGAUCGAGGAGAUCAAGAAGGAGACGGGCUUCUCCCACAGUCAAAUCACUCGCUUGUACAGUCGCUUCACCAGCCUGGACAAAGGAGAAAAUGGCACUCUUAGCCGUGAAGACUUUCAGCGGAUUCCAGAGCUUGCCAUCAAUCCACUGGGAGACAGGAUUAUCAAUGCCUUUUUUCCAGAGGGAGAGGACCAAGUAAAUUUCCGUGGAUUCAUGAGGACUCUGGCCCACUUCCGACCCAUAGAAGAUAAUGAAAAGAGCAAAGACCAGAAUGGACCAGAACCACUGAACAGCCGAAGUAACAAGCUCCACUUUGCUUUUCGAUUAUAUGAUCUAGACAAAGAUGACAAGAUUUCCAGGGAUGAGCUUCUUCAGGUUUUACGGAUGAUGGUUGGUGUAAACAUUUCAGAUGAGCAGCUGGGCAGCAUUGCUGACAGGACAAUCCAGGAAGCUGAUCAAGAUGGGGACAGUGCCAUCUCCUUUGCAGAGUUUGUAAAGGUUUUGGAGAAGGUGGAUGUAGAGCAGAAAAUGAGUAUUCGAUUUCUUCACUGAUGGAUGGAGAACUGAUUCCUUUCUACCCCUAAUAGAUAAGGAAUAGAACAUUUUCUCCCUACCACCUUUCCCUAGACCAUUGCUACUGGUGCAUGUAAAAUACAUCUCCAAACUCUCCCUGAUUUGUUCUACCAAUGUGAACAUUCCCCAUGCAUCAGGAGCAAAGGGAAAUACCUGCAGUGCAACUUGGAAAGGAGCAUUUAAAAUUUUUUUUCCUUCCAAUUUCUAUUUUCCCCAUUCUCCCCUCUCUCCUCCUGUAUUACUAUAUGAGUAAAAAAGUCUCCUCUUCCUACGUACUGUUGUUUAAUCUACAAACUGAUUCUUCUGAGCUAUGAAUAUGAAUGGAAAAAAAAGGGGAACACCCUCCAAAAUGCUUUCUGGAGAUGAGCAACUGCUCAAAUACUUGGUGCAGCUGCCUGUUUUUUGGGUUUUUUUUUCCUUCCCCAUUUGGCUCUUGACAUGCAAUUUUUUCUUCCCUACUUCUAAAUCUGCCUUUUACCUGAAGACUUCUCAGUUUCUGUGGCUUCACCAUAAGACUAGAAUUGAAUGCAUGAUGACAGUCCAGAAUAACUUAAAGUACUGUGAAUAGAUUUUAUUCUAUGUGGGAUCAAUCCACAGGGACAAUAGGAGUCUGUGGUGGAGACGAGCUGUGGUGUCCUGAAAGGAAAGGUGAAUUCUGCAUUAACUGUUCAGUAGGAGAUGCAGACGCUUAUUUCUUUCCUUUGAGUAGCUUGCAGGCUUGACAGCCAAUGGAUCGCAAAGUGCCCACUCCAGGUUGCUUUACUCUAGGAUCCCUCCUUCCAUCAGGGUGGUUUUGCCUCUGAAAGUGUAAACUUGUUUACCAGUAUACUUAAUGCAAGAAUGCUAGUCAUGUCAAAAUCUGAAUUUGUAGUUCUGUCACUGCCUGCAGUAAUAGUGUCAUGAAACAUUGUACUGAUUUUUUUUUUUUAAUCAUAGUGAUCUGGACAUAAAUUUGUAUUAUCUGGUGUGCAAGUCCUGGGCUGUUAGAGUUGUGUUGGGGGCAAUAGCUGUAUUUAUGAAAGCUCAGACACAAAAAUAUCUUUUUGGGAAGUACAUCUUACCCUAACUUAAACUAAUAGUGAUAUUUUAGAAUAUUUGUAUACAAAUAUCUUUGCAAGUGUAAGGUAAAUAUAAUUAAUAUAAUCUUGCUUAUAAAUUCAAGACAGCAAAAGUAUUGAAUAUAACUGGCAGUGAACCUUCAGAUUCAACAGUGACAAAAUUUUCUGUAGUUAGAUUGACAAAUGAUCUCAUCCAGUUCAGCUGGAGCGUCCUCUUUUCUGGGAGGUUCAAACCAAAAAACACCAGGAGAUUAUUUACUGAAGAACCAGUGUUAUAACUGCUUCUCUAUGUCACAUGUUAACAUUUCUAUAAAUACUUACCAGUCUCAAACUGUACCCUCAAAUGUGCAUUUCCUUGCUUCUCAGUUCCUUUAGUCCUCACCUAUGGUAAAGAAUAAUGUGCAAGUUUCUGGAGAAUUUUUGUUUUGUUUUAAAUUAAGAAAUUGUAAGUGAAAUAUUGCACUUUGUUGUUUCGCAGACUGCAGCAUAACAAGUCCAGAAGGAAAUGUAAAUUAAAUUUUUACUCUGUUUGAGAAAGAAACAUUCUGGUUUUAUGACCGUGUCAUGUAAAAUAGGAAUGUAACAAUGUUAAAUUUAAAAAUACACAAGUUUUUGUAGGCAUUGUGAUCUGCUUAUUAAAAGUAAGUGUUGUUCUCUUCCUUUCUGGCUAUAUAGUUGUAACCCACAGUUGUGCCUUAUUGUCAUGGUGAGACUGGAUAUUGUAUUAAUCAGUCCAUAAAUAAACUCUCUACUGUAAACACUA